GCGGUAAGAUGGCGGCCUCGUUGGGCUCCAGAGAAGCGGACAUCGGGAAGAGGAGACAGAAACGUCCGUGGGAAGACGUCACCAUGUCGGGUGAGACCGGUGUGGCCCCCGGCCUCCCGGAGAACCUCGGCUUCUACGACCUGGACGCCGUCCGGAGGGAGCGGCGAAGGGACCCGGACCCGUCCCUCGCCCACUUCCUGUCUGCUGAGCUCACCAGAGGUUACUUCCUGGAGCACAACGAGGCUCAGUUCAGAGAGCGCAGAGAGAAGGUCUACACCUGCAUGAGGAUCCCCAAGGAGCUGGAGAAGCUGAUGGUGUUCGGCUUCUUCCUGUGUCUGGACGCCUUCCUGUACGUCUUCACUCUGCUGCCGCUGCGUGUGCUGCUGGCCCUGCUGAGAGUGGUGACGCUGCCAUGCUGCGGAGCCCGGCCUCACACCUGUCCCUACUGCAGGAGAAACAGUGGGUCCCGCGUGCUGCAGCCUGCCCAGGUGUGUGACGUGCUGAAGGGGCUCAUCCUUCUGCUCUGCUUCUCCAUGAUGACCUGUGUGGACUACGCCAUGAUGUACCACCUGAUCAGGGGCCAGUCUGUCAUCAAGCUCUACAUCAUCUACAACAUGCUGGAGGUGGCAGACCGGCUCUUCUCGUCCUUCGGUCAGGACAUCCUGGACGCGCUCUACUGGACGGCCACGGAGCCCAAGGAGCGCAAGAGAGACAGCAUCGGGGUCCUCCCACACUUCUGCAUGGCCGUGUGCUACGUCUUCCUCCAUGCCCUCCUCAUCAUGGUCCAGGCCUCCACACUCAACGUGGCCUUCAACUCGCACAACAAGUCGCUGCUCACCAUCAUGAUGUCAAACAACUUUGUGGAGAUCAAAGGGAGCGUCUUCAAGAAGUUUGAGAAGAACAACCUCUUCCAGAUGUCCAACAGCGACAUCAAGGAACGCUUCACCAACUACAUCCUGCUGAUCAUCGUCUGUCUGAGGAACAUGGAGCAGUUCUCCUGGAACCCAGAGCACCUGUGGGUACUGUGUCCCGACGUCGUCAUGGUGAUCACCUCGGAGGUUGCCGUCGACAUCAUCAAGCACGCCUUCAUCACCAAGUUCAACGACAUCACCGCCGACGUCUACAGUGAGUACCGCGCCAGUCUGGCCUUUGAACUGGUCAGCAGCCGGCAGAAGAACGCCUACACAGACUACAGCGACUCCGUGGCUCGGAGGAUGGGCUUCAUCCCGCUCCCGCUCGCUGUCCUGCUGAUCCGGGUAGUGAUGAGUUCUCUGAAGGUGCAGGGAGCUCUGGCCUACUGCUGCGUCUUCCUCUGCUACCUCGGCCUGGUGUCCCUCAAGGUGCUGAACAGCAUCGUGCUGCUGGGGAAGUCCUGCGUCUACGUCAAGAGAGCCAAGAUGGAGGACAAGCUGUUUGAUUGCCCGGCGCCCCCCAGACCGCCCCCAGGAAAAGCGGACCAGGAGCCAAGCCCCGCCCCCUCAGGUGUGGACAAGACCUCGGCUACUUCCUGCAGAGCAACGUCCACCUCCUCCUCCUCCUCCUCCUCCUGCUCCUCCUCCUCAGUGACCAGCCAGCCUCCCCCGAGGACUGACCUCCCGCCCCCCCCUCCCUCCUCCUCCACCACUACCAUCCUAUCCGACCCCGACCCCAGCACUGACCCCACCCCCGACCCCUGCCUGGCCAGCGACAAGGCCCCCCCGCCAGCCCCUCCCCCCCCGGAGGACCCCGCCCUCCCCGGCGAGGAGGCGGGGCCAGACCUCCGAGUCAGAGGGGCCAAGAAGGACCUUCUGGAGAUCGACCGCUUCACCAUCUGUGGGAACCGCAUCGACUAG